CGCUCAUGCUGCCACAAACGCGACUGGUGUUGUAGAAAACCGAGCUAAUCCUGUCAUAACACCAAGCUCUUCUUUCUCACUAGCAAACAAAACAAGCGCAUUGCACGCACACGGUUUGGUUGGUUUGAUUUACAAUACAGCCAGCGCCCUGAUGUCUAUGCGUGCGCUCUCAAAACGAGUUCUCUAUUUUUGAAACAAAUACGCAAAGAAUACGGCGACAGAGUGAUCGUCUUCUUAUUUGAAGCACUAGAACAACACCCCUGUUAGAUAAGCAGGAAUUUUCAAGUUAAUUUUGUUUUCUUGUUUCGUUUUCUGAAUAGAUGCAAGGUAGGUGCGAACGGAUUAGGGAUCACUACACGGAUGUUCAACGUGGCCGAUAUGGACUCUUAAUUAACAUCUUAUGAUGUUCGGAAAAAUCAUUCAUUAUUCCUUCUUACUGAUCUUACCCGUGAGUGAUGUGUUUGUGGAAGCUUCACUCCGCCACUCUGCCACUGGGCUGCCAAGCAUUGUCGAAGGGGACCUAGGCUCGCAUCUCACUCUCCAGUGCAACGUCAGCAGGCUGCACCACCAAUUGCAGCGCUUCGUCUGGCUCAAGGACGGGCGAGGUCUGGGCCCCAAACUCAGCUGGACGGAGUACGAGUACCGUGGUGACCUGGUGUCGUCGGAGCUCGUUUUGAGCGAUGCCGGGAACUACUCCUGCUACCUCGACACGCCGCACCCGCACAACAGUGCUCAGCUUAUUGUCCGCACUCCCCCAGGGCGCCUGUCGAACGUAACAGUCCAUCCGUCGAGCGUGGUGGCCACCGUAAGGUGGCACGUCACCAGUGACGGAGGCUGCCCCAUCUCCCAUUUCACAUUGGCCUACCAGCCUACACAGCAGCCGCCAGCCAAUAGCUCUGCUGCAGCCCACCAUUACCAGCCUGUACACAUCAGUCCGGCUGCUAGGCAGUUCUUCGUUUACCACCUGGAGCCGGGCACCCCGUACAUGUUCCGCAUGUGGGCUUCUAACCGCCUAGGUCCUGGAGAGGCCACGACGGUGUAUGCCUCCACGUCCAAGCCGCUCGAUCCCACAGAAGUUGUGCAGAAGAUGUUUGCCGGUGGGGACGACUUCAGCACGGCGGCAUGGAUGGUGGCUGUCUCCAUGGUCAUGGGCACUAUCCUCAUUCUGUCUUGCCUCAGCUGCCUGCUCAUUUACAAGGAAGGCCGACACGAGGAGUUUCAAGACGAAGUGGAGGAAGAGGAAGAGUCGUCGGCUGUGCCACACAUUGUCGCCAACCCCGGUUUCGAGGUCGACUUAGAGGAAAGCUUUCUCCUCGAUCGGCCAGACUGCAACGACAACAACGAGCGUGCGGUCAGAACCAACAACAACUCUGUGGUGCGCCCGUCGCACGUGUAGCUGAAUCGACAGUGCUGACCCGGUGCAUAGAGCGAAGAACCUAGCAGGAACAGUGGCGACCUGCAAAGCUCAGAAGCUUAGUCUUAAAGAUGCCUGAAAAGCCUGUAGACGUGCGGAUGAUAUGGUUUGUGGCUACCAGACUCGCUUGCCCCGUGUUUUGUUGCGCUAGUUUCUCUAGUGCAUUAUACUUACGUCGAACCGACAGACCUUCGCCUGACUGGACUGAUGGGCCAGCUUCCAGCGUGGCGCCAGUCUCUCUGCUUUUCAGCAAGAGCAAUGAACAGACCGAAGUGUGGAAAGUACAAUGUUCCUGAAAUCAACGUGAAGAUAUUGGUGUGUUGAAGGCCGCAUAUUUCGUGCUGCAGAGAUCGGGAGUGUUUUUUUUUUUUCUUUUGCUGCCAUGUUUGCUGCUACUCUUCUGCUGAAAGACCAUAGUUUUGCCGAAUUUGCUGAAGAGUUACCCUCACCUAACCAUUUGCUGUAGCGUUCUGCUUCCUUUGUAAUCGAGAGACUCAGAACCGGUGCAUUUAUAUAGAAGUAGCACGAAGAUGUAUAGAUAGGGGCUGACAGCAAAGUAGAGCAGUUCUGUUCAAGGCAAAGGUUCCCUAGAACACUUGGAACUGGCCGUUCCCAGUUCGUGAACUUGCGUUCACAUGUCCUGACUCGUGACCCAUUCAUGUGGCGUGACAUGAAAGCCAGUGAUGUGGCUCAGCCUCCAUCACUCGAGGUUUCGCUGCCUCAGGUUGGUAAGCUCCAGUCGUCUUGUUCCCUCCCUUUCAUGAAAGCAUGCGCAGUUAACUUUGCGUACCUUCUUCACGACAUUAGGCGCCGAAGAGUGUUUUGCAGUAUGAGUGAUGAUUGCCAUCUUUUUUUUUUUGUUUUGUUUUGUUUUUGUUUGUGAUGUCCAUGCAUCGAUCAGUGGCCCGGAGUCUGGCACUUGUAUAUUUGCAAGGUUCUCAGUGAGGCAAAGCAACUAGUACAGGAAAGAUGAGAUGGGUCCGUAAGCGUCACAAUAUUCACAAGUGUCACAGUGGGAGAAAAAAAAAAGUCUGAUUCAGUCGCUUAUGGAAGGCCCGCCUUGUAGCAGUUGUAGCCAGUUUUCGGAGAGAAAGCGCCAUUUCGGGCAAGCACUUGACUCAGCAAAGUUGAAGGAGUACUUAGACAUAUUUUCGAAUACAUAGAAAUGUUGCUACAUCUUUACGGCAUGUAAAGGAUCACAUUUGGCGCGCAUGAAGUUUGGGGGUGCAGCACAUUGUAAUUUUACGCUAAAGAUGUGUUCAAAACGCCAACUGUGGCCUAUUCGUCCUUGUCAUGAUGAUCCGACGCGGAGCAAUAUGUCUUGAUAUUGAGGUUAGAAGUUUAUUGUAGACUGUUUAAACACACAAUGUAGUCCAUACACUUUCUGGGACCCAACACAAUUGUACAAAGGUACCAAAUGAUUUCGGUAACAUGAAAACCAAUUUAUAUGGCAAGUAUUUGAAACAAAUAUGUGUAUUAAAAAUUAUUCCUAAGAUCAGUACUGGGGCAAACAUGAAUAUGUAAUAUGUUGUGAUAUUGGACAUUCACUGCAUUCUAACAAUGUGGUUUCUUGGUUAUAGAUGGUUCUAAAUUGUUGAAAUUAACACAUGAGCUCGUUACGUAUGUCAGGAACAAGCAAUGCGUCAGGAAAAACGUUAGCUACAAAUUCAUAUGGAAGGAAUAAUUUUUGUGUAUCGGGAGUAAGUGAAAAAGAGCUAACGCUCCGGUAUCAGUAAAGCUAUUGAAAAAUACAGCCCAUCUGAAUUCCGACAUUUGAUUAUUAUAAUUAAUGUUUAUUUUAGGUAGCAAAAUAUUAUUGUGUAAAGUGCACUCGCUAGUCUAUAAUGUAGGAAUGAGGCUAGGUGUAGUGGCAUGGCUCAUAAAAUAGAAAAGCACAUUUGAAGAAGUAGUGUAGCAGUUGUGAUCAGGAUGAAACUUGAGUGAAAUUGAAAUUUGCUUUUGAUCAUGGCUAGUGUGAGGGCCCGUAACACAUUGUAUUAAUGAUUGCCACGUGUUUACGCAUCUGCUGUAACUAUCAGGCAUAUGUGUUGUUGGGCAAGAUUAAAAUGCCUCUACUUGACAAUACGUUUUGCCGCAUGUUUAAGUACGUGAGCAUAGUUUCAUGGUUUAUUAGUCUCAUGGUAUCAUGAAAGUGCUAUCCAGGUGAGGUUCUUUUUUUUAUUUUCGUGAUUCUCGACUAAUGAAUGUAAGAGACCAGCUUUCACGACAUGUGCUUACUCUUAUUUUUACAGGGAAAGCAUGUAGGCUGUUGAGUAAAUAGUUGCCAAAUACAUUACUAACGUUUUGCGUUAAGUGUACAAAAUGUAUUCACUAAGGAACUCGUGUAACGCUUUGCUUGCAUUCUCUGUAGAAAAAAGAAAGAUGGACUGAAAUUUGUUUGCUUCGCAUUUUUUUUAAAGAAUCGCAGCUAGAAAAGGCUGAAUCUUUUGACAAUUUGUCAUAAAAGAGAGCCGCCAAAUUCCUUUGCUUAACUUAGAGCUAAUGGAAUGUAGCAUUUGCAAGAAUACUGGUUUCAAUUUGUGAAGAUCACAUUUUUUGUGUUACUGAAUUGAACCUACCGCAUAAGCAUACUGAAUACACCCAUGUUUUUUGUACCCUGAGCUGUUCAGUUUAUACCAUAAGUUUUAUGUGUCGCAAUUAUGUAGUGUCUUGUGCUUCACACAGCUGACAGUUAUAAAGUAACGCUCCACAUUAUGUGUCUAAUAUGCAACGUGUUAAUUUUCUUUCCUUCUACAACUUCACAAAAUUACAUUUGAAGCGUCUCGGCUAGUUUAUGGUCACAAAUUACAGUACCUUGCUGGUUGCUCAUUGUGAAAUUUUUUUCGCUGUAGCAGAAUGGUUAAGAUGGUUACCUAAGUGCAAUCAAAGCUUGGAAAAACAAUGGUAUGUGCGAAGCUGGCUCAUCUACUAGCAUUUGUACUUAUGCCAAAUUUACAAAGUGCAAGCUGCACUACUUGCAUAAGCUACAAUGUCAUUGCUUUAUUGUACUCGGUUAACAAACACCGAUAACAUGUAUUAGUUUUGUUUGUUUUGUUUUGGCCAUCUGGUCUUGCAUUGCAAAUCUUAACUCUUGAGUACAGCUACCUAGUGGCUCCGUGUCUAUGGCUCGGCUGUGGCUACACCAGCUGUUUUAAAAUGUGGGCACAAUGCAGAAAUGCUUGUCAAGUGUGCUUCAUGCUGGCAGACAUAGCCAAAAUGUGCUAUGCCUGUCGUGAGCUUAAUUUCUUCCCGCCUCACAUAUUGGUGGUGCAAGGAAACAUGUGUUCUUGCAGUUUCUAAGCACGCGUUCGUAUUUGGCUUGGUAACAUUCCUAGUCAAAAUACCAUGAACAAUGUCUGGCAGCUCGAGGGUUACUCUAGGGCGCAGCGUCGACACUCACUUUUGUGGCGUUCAAAGUAGGAGUAGCACUGUGCUCAGUGUCAACGAUCAACGCAGUUUGUGUACAAACAGAGUCGACACCGCACGUAAAAUGGCACCGCACGCGGCUUUAAAUGAGCUUUCGGUCUUUAGGGUAAUCGUAGUUGCCAAACAAGUAGUGGAUAGGAGGUAGCUGACAAGAAUUGACAAGAGAGUAAGCACACGAUUGAGCGAGUAAGUGAUCAGUGGCGUAGCCAGGGGGGUGUUUGGCGCUUCAACCAUCUCCCUCCGAAAUCUUUACAUUUUGUAUGUGCAUAUAUAGUACAUGCACACGUACAAACACAUGCACAUACAUACAUAAAGGGGGGUCAGACCCACCCCAUGAAAAAUUUUCUGUCUGUCCCCAUGUUUGUGAUGAACUUUAAUUUGGAUCUUAGGUUGCUUUUAUGGUGCCUUGACUGUCAUAAAUUAAGAUUGCUCUCACCGCCAGAGGGAUUAACUGUAAACAGACGGGGUGUGAAAUUUGGUCUUCAUUGCAUUGUACUUGCUGUGUAAUGUUCUCAAAGUCCUGCAUAACGUACAUGCGUUACGCAGGACACCAUUAUGAACUCUUGCGGCUGGAGAAAGGAAAUACAGUUACUUCUCAUAAAUAUUCAUAAAUUACGGCCAUACGCUCGUCUCUGCGUUUUAUGCCACUCACCUCACAGAAAGUAUGAUCUCCUUGCAUAAUCUUUAACGCAGACAGAAGCAGCUCUUGAACAACAGCUUAUUUACUACGAACAAGCCAUGUGAUGUGGGCAGCACGUUGGCUACAGUUUGUGGGUAAACCCUCUGCAUUUUUACGUUUCAUACUGUUGUGAUUUUCAUUCUUUGAGUUGAUCAAGCUCUCGAGAUUUUGAAAAGUGAUGCAGCUAUAGUACGACUCGUAAUGUGACCCGUGCCAUCCCUGCGUAAAAUGUCGUUUGCUGGAUUAUUUACCUGGUUUUGAGCGAGCCUUUCCAGACUACUCGACGCACUGGUGUUACUCAAAGCUAAACAUCUGUUUAUUAUUUGGGCACAAGGGAACAUAGUGGAGGAGCAGAGUGUUGUCGGUAGUUGUUGCUUUCCUGACGUUGUUGUGACCAAAUGUUCUUUUUUUUUUGGUCAACUUAGGAGGUGAAGCUUGAGCAUUUGUGAAGUGCAUUUCUUGGGAGGCAAUUGCUCGCUAAUGUGAAAAGUGUGGGUGAUCGUAGUGGAAUAUUACAUAAUCUUCCACACGCUUUUUAAGCGCCGAUAGAAUCGAAGUCCUGUUUUCAUUGUACUUCAUUCUUUUAUAGACAUCAAUAUUUUGUAGUCUGCAUUCCAAUUUGUGUACUUUGGUGUCAAGGACACUGCCUUCUAUGUAUUGCUGUAGAUUAGUAAGACUUCUUUUACUAAUGGUUUUAAGUUUAUACAUAUAUCAUGAGGUAUAUAUACGAAGUCACUUUCAGCAAAAGGCCAACAAGAUUUCUCUGCAUUUUUGCAUGUUCAUAUUUGCAAGAGAAGUUUAGUUACAUAAACAUGAAAUGAGGGUUCUUAAAAUAGUGAAAUUUUAUAAUUUACUCAAGUAUGAAUGUUUCAAAAUUAGGUCAUUGGAAUAUUUAGUUGAACAUAGAAUAUUGUUUCAUCUCUAAACAAAAAGAAAAAAGCUUUUACGAGGCCUGUAAAGCUUGCAUACAUUUAUAUCCCGUAUGUAUGUGUUGUACAAUUUGCCAUUGGAUGUUUCGACGACUGAAGAGCUUAUGAAUGAGUAACAACUGCUUUUAGUUACCUAGAGAACCAAAGCAGUGUCCGUAAAUUAAACAAGAGAGCAUGUGUAGUGUUGUGUUCAAAUAGUGCAUUCUCAAAUUGAGCAAGUUUGAAUAGAAAAGACAAGUUCACUUAUUAUUUGAAGUUUUAACUAUUCCCACACCGCGGUUCAGAUUAUGAAAAAAUUACCUUGCUUUAAUUUACUUAUGGUAGUCGCAACUUGUGUAGACUGCUGUCCUGCACAUCGCAAUUGCAUUUGUCACAAAAAUGUUGUUGUCAGGCAUGUUGCAUUGUCUGAUUGCUUUCUGCUUCAGAGGAUGACAUUUUUUGUAAUUUGUUAUGUGUUCUAAGAUGCUCAUGUUGAAGUUUGUUCGGUGCUGUAGUAAAUUGUGUGGUCCUGAGUUAAAUUAGACUGAUUUGCACUGCUGCCAAAUGAGCUCUUGUUACUGUUGUUAUUAUACCUUCCUUCAUGCUUAGUAAUUUCCUUUGUUUAUUUCCCAAGCGGCCCAUAAAAGCAGUGGAAAGAUUAUAAUGACCCAUUUGACCGGCGUUAUAAGUUGCUUUUAAAGGCAUUAGCCGAGUACUUGGUCAUCCAAUCGCUCGUGACUUCAGUAUAACUGCGAUGCUUCAUUUAUUACAUCUAACAUGCAGUCUUAAAUUGUGUUACAUUGCUUAAGGUUUGCUAAGAGCCACCUUACCACAUCAUCUUGCCUUUUCUUUACAAAAAGUCACACUUUACUCUCCUUACCACAUCUUCCCUAUCUUGUUAUCGUGGAACAAGGUUUAAUUAUUUUUGCGCAGCUGUUAAAAGUCCUGCUUUGCUGCAGCAUUUGUACUACCUAUACCAUGUGUACCGUGCAUUACAUUUACAGUGCAUUAUGUUUACUGUUACUAACACUUCAGUUCUUGCUUAUAAUACAUUCUGUUGUGCUUCUACACGCACAUUGUUGUUUUCAGGACUAUUCUUGCAUGGAAACUUGAAUUCUGUCUUGUUCAGGGGCAGAUUUUUGUUGCAUACCUCAGUGCCAUUUUUAUGUUAACUUAUUUUUUGUACAUGUAAUGUCAAGCAACUCUUGGCAGUCCAUUUGGUGGCUUAUUGUGAAGUUACAUUGUCAGAGUCUCUUGCUAUGCCUUUGUGUGAAUGUGUUCCUACUAAACAAGUUUUUGAAUUUCUGCAUACUUCUUAGGCACAGUCACUUUGCAUUAUAUGCAUAUUGUAUUAUCUGCCAGUAGUAUGGUACAUAUAACAGGGUCCUUCGGUGCUGUCUUGUCUCUGAUACUUUGAUUUUUUGGCUACCUUAUCUGCCAACCAAUUUGGGUAGGUAUAUGAACUCAGGUUAUGACAGAGGAAAACCGUACCCACACUUUGGCGUUGAGCUUAUGACCAGUGAUGCAUCUAUGCUGAUGACUCACAACAAUGUGCUUUGUUUUGUAAACUGCACUCCUUCCCGAUUACAGCUGCCAUUCUGGCCUGCAGCUUCACGUUACUGUGCUCAUUGAAAACAUCAAGGCAAACCUCGAAUGUUCAUUUGGUAUUGUAACAUUAUUUUGUUAGGACAAGUGGGAUAUUCUUUCAUUAUGUAUACAUAAACAUAUGUUUUUGGCAGGGCAUUAUCCAAUGUCACAUGGCAAAUGUGUACGCAGUUUCUCAACAUUUGCGGUGAAAUUUAAUUUUUAGCACACAUUCUUAGCAAAAAUAUUUAAUGCUCAUUUUGUUGAGCACAUUCGUGCACUGGUAUUGUUCACAGACUAAAAUGAGUAUUGCCUUACUGCGUCCUGGAAUAUUUUGACUAGAUCCUGGCAUUUACAAACUAUGUUUGGCUGACCAUUAAGUGGGACUCGACACAUUCCUCACUUCCCAUGUGUUACUGUUAUUUAGCACUGUGUGUGGCUGAAUGUAGUUGUGAAAUCUGUGUGCCUCUUACUUAAAAAUGGAGUCUUCUUGACAAGACGAACAACAGAAUAACUGCUGCUACGAAAAACUUUAUUAGUAUAUAAAGAGGAGUGCACUUUAAGAGAAACUUUUUUUCUCUUCACUAACAUUGUCCCGCCAACUGCACUAAGAUUCCUUGGAAGACGCUCACUUUACGAAGUGGGCGCAUUCCUGUCAAGUGCAAUAAAUGCUGGCCAGUUUCGUUACUGCAUUUGUAGCAGUGAGUGAGGGCGCUAGAUGGUCGUUGUUGUGCCGUUGUCCACGCCGACAUCGGGCAUAGUGUUAAAAUGGUGUCCUUUUUCUGUGAGAAUGGUGCUUUCAGGUUGAUUGCCUCACAACGUGACAUGUGCCACUAUUUUUUUAUCGCACCUAUAGACAGCGCCUGAAUGUGUGUGUUAAAACGCGCCAGGGCAGCCCAGCUGCCGCAGAUAGACAUGCUGCUUCUUGUAUGACAGAACGAUCUCUUGUGUUAGUCAUAUGGCAUCAGUGGCCUGUGCUGGGAGUCUAUCCGCAGACUAUGUGCGUGCAUUUUCUUCUCAGUGUAGAAGAUGUAGGUGUACGUGAAAGAGCGUGUGAACCGAGGACACAAAGAAUGCAUACUCAGUUUUAUUGUAAUAAAAAUACUUUGCCUUUUA